AUGGCGGAGCAUAUCGUCUCCUGGCUUUUGGCCAAGGGCGCCAGCAUCCUGUCCGAUGACCAAGAGGAAAACUCGGACAUCUUGCUGAAAGCGAUCAAAGAUGGCGACUUAAACAUUGUUAAUCUAACCCUCGGAGGUGUCUCGGACAUGAAUAAAAUGAAAUUCGAGGGCGAGUCUCUUCUUAGCAUCGCGGCUUAUAGCGGACAAGCUGCCGUGGCAAAGGUCCUUGUCAGUAAAGGGGCCGAUAUUGAGGGGAUGGACGAGGAUGGGCUGACACCGUUGCAUGUAGCUUCGAGAGAAGGACAUCUAGAGGUAGUUCGGUUUCUCGUCUCGAAAGGAGGAGAUGUCAAUCGACAAACUUACGAUGGGAUGACUCCACUUGCAAUGGCAGCAAAACGAGGACACCUAGAUGUCCUAAAGUUCAUUGUCGGCCAAGAUGUCGAGAUUGACAAGGCCGACAAGGAUGGAAGAUCCCCCCUUCUCUGGGCUAGUGCUCGAGGACAUCUAUCUACAGUCAAUUAUCUCCUUCGCGAGCUGACGUCAACAGGCCAGAUCAAGAUGGGACCACGCCUCUUCAUGUUGCUUGCUACAACGGUCGUAUACAAAUGUUGA